GAUGCCCGCGGGCCGUAGUUUGGGGACUCCUGGUAUAAUGCAAAGCACUUUGUGUACCAUGCAGGUAUAGUAAAGCGCUGUAUAAAUAAAGACCAUUUUCCAUUUGAAUUAAAAUGUGUAUUCUAAAAAGCCUAAUGUAGGUCACAAGUGUUUCUCGGUUGUGUGUUUGUGGUCGUCCCUUCUCGGGGUGGGAGGGUUUUAAGAGAGGAUGUAUAUGUAAGUGUUUUCAGUGUGGAAACAUGAAGCUUCUUGUGAGCUGCCUGCUUCUCGCCCUCCACUGUGCGCCUUCAUCAUGGGGUUCCAACAUGCAUGUGACCCAGAGUGCCGACAUCCGCGUCACGGAGGGCCAAGAUGUCAACAUCACCUGCUACUGGACAGGAAACGUCUCCAGAGUUCAGGUCAAGUGGCAGAAAAACAACACCACAAUCCGCUCCGAUCACGUCCAGCAGGAUACAAAGACCACCUUACCCAUCCACAACAUAACAAGAGAGGACUCGGGGAAAUAUGUAUGCGUGGUCUUUGUGGACAUACCAGCGCUUAAUAUGUGGACUGGGAAUGGUACGCGUGUCACAGUCGAAAACCAAGAGCUCAACUACAGUGGAGGAAGCAGAGAGACUCCCUGGAUGAUUUCCUUGGCCUCGGUGGCUUCAUUGGUCCUGGUCAUGAUUGUUGUUCUCCUCAAACUGAAGCAAAGACAAGAAGCCAGGGUGAUCUACGAGGUACCACACUCCGAUUCAGAUUCCGCCAACAUGGACAAACGCAACAGCGGCUCCUCCGGAGGCUCGUCCCAGUGGUGUCAGGUGGACGUGUACGAAUCCGUCGAUUACUUUGAGCGCGUGGAAAUGAAGCAAAGCGAGUGAGGGCCUGCUCUGAAGACAAGUGAUGUCGUUUGUAAACCCAUGUAUGGAAUGCUUUGCUGUGUAAACAUGUUUUGUCUAUUCAAAAGGAAAAAAAAAAAAAAAUGGUAUCAGCUGUGAGCAUUUCCGUAUCGCCGAGUGGAAACUGUGUGUCAUUGUGGCCGUGAAUGACGGGUCAAUGACAGGAAGUGCAAACUGCUUGUGACAUUUCAAGUUGUUGCUCUUCUGCACCUUUUUAAACUGUCUUAAAGGAGCAGGCGGGGUCCAAAUACAUUGUGUGACUAACCUGCGUGCAUUCAUAGUUCAUAGGGGGGCGCAAAUUUCUUAUUUAUUUAAUGUACAUCAUUUCAUAAUUUUUAGGAAUCUAUUUAAAGGGAUCAUAUUUAAGGAGCCAAAACACUGCCAGUAAGAUUUAGUCUAGAAAAAAAAUUGACAUAGCAGAAAAAGUUGUAUUGAUUGACAAAUAAUCAAUCAAGCUUUAUUGUAAGUAGACAUACAAUCACAUUCAGUACAUAAAACUAACAAAAUACAGUAUAAAAGGCAUUAUCACAUAAUAUUAAAAACAGUGCUUGGGCAUAUUCAGUAAAAGGCAUCUAAUAAAGAAAUAAAAGCAGCAAUAAAAAAUGUAUGUAAAUAUAUAUAUAUAUGUAUAUACUUAAAAAUGCAUCUACACGUUCUAUAAAAGGCACAUAAAUAAAUAAAGACAUUGAAAAAAUAUAUAUUUUGAUGGAUAUUUUUUUGUUUUUUGAUGCCAAUAUUCAUAUUUUUACACGUUUUAUUGUUGCGUGUUUCACGGGUUUUUAUUUUCAACUUUUCAUUUUUCACAUUCACUUCUCUUUUUUUUUACGGUUUAAAAUGAAUGGCAGCGAUUUGACGUAGAGGUUUUACAGCAAGUUUACCCGGAAGCCGUUUUUACUAGACUUGGGCUUGCAGGUAAAAAAAAAAACACCGUAGAAGAAGAGCGUAGGAGAGAGGGGCGCCAAAUCAAGUAGAAGUUUUAUGGUAUUUUUGUGUUGAAGUGGUGUACAUAAAUACAUUAUGCAUUUUUAAAUUGUCCAUGUUUGUUUUGAUAGAGCCGUGAUAUUUGGUGAACAGUACUUUGUGGAGAGAAAAGAAGAGCGACUUUAAAAAUGUAAAUAUAGCUAGUUUUCUUCAUUUAAAACAAUUAAGAGCGGACAUGUAAAGCUCGGUAUGACACGAGUAACUUCAUUUGUGUUAAAAUAUGAGACUUUGACUAUCGUAAUGUUGAGCGAUCUCCGUGCGAUUCGUCCUCUUGACUUCAUGUACAGAGCUAUUUUCAGCAGUUGGAAGUAAAGCCUUACCUCUUUUUUGUUGUAUUUUUAGACCUAAAUAUGUCUUUGUUGUAUUGUACUGCCAAAUAUUAUUUUGACUUGUUAUACAUUAAUAAACAAUGUGCUGAAACUACUGCUGUGGUGAUUCAUUUCCUGCCUCAAAAGCCAAUUUACAAAAUAGGGGAAAUACAUUCAGCUAUUCUAAUGAUAUUUCACAUAUUUGC